AUUUAAUUGCAGACGGAGUCCAAACAAGGGCUUGCAAGUUGCCCAUCCCACUUGCAAUUCCACGCAACGGCAGCAGCUAAAAACGAUUGAACAUGCCGUCGUCUCUUCAAUUCUACCGCCGCACCGCCACUUUCAAUUGUCAUCACGCAUCCAUUAACCCAAAACCCCACUUCGUUCUGCCGCCGUGCACGGUUGCCGACCACAACCAUGCGGUGGCGUCCCACCAGUGUGGUUCCGUCGUGGUGCAGACCAUCGACGCUCCGGUGGCUGUCGUUUGGUCGUUGGUUCGGCGGUUUGACAACCCACAAACGUACAAGCAGUUUCUAAAGAGCUGCCGAAUCAUCGAGGGGGACGGCGAAACGGUUGGAACGGUCCGUGAAGUGCAUGUGGUGUCGGGUCUGCCAGCGCUGUCGAGUAAAGAGCGGUUGGAGAUUAUAGACCACGAAAACCACGUGCUGAGCUUCAGCAUCGUGGGAGGUGACCACCGGUUGAAAAACUACCGGUCGGUGACGAGCCUACACGUGUCAGCGGGAGGCGGAGGAACGGUGGUGGUGGAGUCGUACGUGGUGGAUGUGCCGCCUGGAAAUACAGAGGAGGAAACUUGCGUGUUCGUGAAUACGAUUGUGCGGUGCAAUUUACAGUCGUUGGCUCAAUUAUCAGAGAAAAUUACCAAAACAAAAACGAAAAACCUAUAA